UCCCAAUUAUUCGCAAAGGAAAAUUCUGGAAAGUUUCUGGAUUAUUUUGACACUGUAUUCAAAAUGGCGGCGGUAGAUGUUGAACGUGUAAAGUUGGAAACAAAUAUUCGAAAUUUAAAGCUAUCAGGACACGUUGGAUUUGACAGUUUGCCUGAUCAGCUGGUUAAUAAAUCCGUUCAAAAUGGAUUUGUUUUCAACAUUUUGUGCAUCGGUGAAACUGGACUUGGAAAGUCAACACUCAUGGACUCACUUUUUAACACGAGUUUCGAAUCGAGUCCAAGUCCUCACAAUUUGCCUGCAGUGAAAUUGAAGGCACAUACUUAUGAAUUGCAGGAGAGCAAUGUGAGACUAAAACUCACCAUCGUUGAUACAGUCGGCUAUGGGGAUCAAAUUAAUAAAGAGGAUAGUUUUAAAGCUGUCGUUGACUAUAUCGAUGCACAGUUUGAAGCUUACUUGCAGGAGGAACUCAAGAUAAAACGCUCGCUAUCUACUUAUCACGAUAGCCGUAUUCAUGUUUGUCUUUACUUUAUUUGUCCAACGGGUCACGGAUUAAAAUCGAUCGAUUUGGUGUGUAUGAAGAAACUAGAUACCAAAGUUAAUGUUAUUCCCAUUAUCGCUAAAGCUGAUACAAUUUCAAAAACUGAACUACAAAAGUUUAAGAACAAAAUAAUAUCGGAAUUGCAAAACAAUGGAGUGCAUAUUUAUCAAUUUCCCACUGAUGAUGAAAGUGUUGCUGAUGUAAACACUUCGAUGAAUACGCACGUGCCUUUUGCAGUCGUUGGCAGUACUGAUUUCGUUCGAGUUGGUAAUAAAAUGAUGCGUUCUAGACAAUAUCCUUGGGGCACAGUGCAAGUUGAGAAUGAAUCACAUUGUGACUUUGUGAAAUUGCGCGAAAUGCUUAUUAGAACCAACAUGGAAGAUAUGAGAGAGAAAACACACUGUCGUCACUAUGAAUUGUAUCGCAAAAAGAGACUCGAGCAGAUGGGAUUCAGUGAUGUUGAUAGUGACAAUAAGCCGGUGAGUUUCCAACAAACUUGCGAAGCAAAACGCUCGACCCACUUGCAAGAACUUCAACAAAAGGAAGAUGAAAUGAGACAAAUGUUUGUGGCACGUGUAAAGGAUGCUGAAGCCGGGCUGAAGGACGCGGAAAAAGAAUUACACAACAGAUUCGAUAAGUUGAAAAAAGAUCACACUGAAGAAAAGAAAAAGCUAGAGGAGAGUCGCAAAAAAUUGGAGGACGACAUUCAGGAACUCAAUCGUCGAAAAGUUCAGGUCGCUCAGCAAACUCAGCAUCAUACACUAACUUUAGGCAAAAGCAAGAAAAAGUGAAAACAAAUUUAUUUAAUCUUAACAAGACAUUUAAUCAAUUUUAUUUAUCCAGUUACAUUCAUAUAUUUAUUCUUGCAAAAAGACAAAUGCAUUUAAAAUAUAAAAGAAGUCUUGUGUAGAAGUGAGUAUUAUCGUCAUUAGAUAAAUUGAUAAUUCACAAAACUAUUCAAUUUUUGAGCAGUCUCCCAAAGGUAGAUUUGAUACAUUUUUACUAUUGUAUUAUUUUUAAGAUUUUUAUAGAAUAACGUACAACUUAGUAUUGAUGGAAUUUAUAGUCGCUAAAUUCUUUAUAAUACGCACAUUGAAUAAAGCAACGACAUUUAAAUAAAAAAAGUCAAAUACAAUUUA